GCCGUGCUCAGGGUGGGGGGCCCGCGGCCUGAGGCGGCGGCAGGAGCGGCUCGGUCCCCGCCGUGCCGGCCCCGCUGCCCGCGGGGGAGCCGGGCCGGGCCGGGCCGGGCGGUCCCGGAGCGCAGCCGGGGAUGAGCGGAGGGGCGGGCGCGCUGCUCCCCGCGGCCGAGCCCAGCCGGGUCAUUCCCAAAGUUUCCCUGCGGGCGGGGGAAGUCGCGGAAGGGGCUCCCGGCGCCCCGGGUGCCUUUGUUCGGUGUCGGGGAGGGCCGGGAGUGCCCGCGGUGGGGCAGGGGGGCACCGGGGAUGGUGCUGGAGCGCUGGGUUUGUACCUGCGAACAGUACCUCAGUGUAUAACGGAGUGCUGAAAUCCCUCUGAGGAGCACGCAGAGAAGUGCACAGAACAGGAGCUCAUCUGCUCUCAGUGAGUUGGCUGUCUUUCAUUCCAGAUGUUUUCAUGCCAGGGGAUUUACUCCUUAUUUAUUUGUGGACUCCUUGUUUCUUUGUGGAGACCUUAGUUUAUUUGGGAUUAGGAUUCCCAUGGCACGUGAACUAGAAGAUAAUUUGGAGUAGGAGGUGUCUUCACGCUGCCCAAGAUGGUCGGGAAGCUGAAGCAGAACCUGCUGCUGGCGUGCCUGGUGAUCAGCUCGGUGACCGUGUUCUACCUGGGCCAGCACGCCAUGGAGUGCCACCACCGCAUGGAGCAGCGCGGGCAGCCCCCGCGGGGGGACGGUGCCAGGGCCACGCUGGGGACAGCCCCCAGUGCCAGCACCAACAGAACCCUGCCCUACAGCAAGGACAUGCCCCUGAUCUUCAUCGGGGGAGUGCCCCGCAGCGGCACCACGCUGAUGCGCGCCAUGCUGGACGCGCACCCCGAUAUCCGCUGCGGGGAGGAGACCAGGGUGAUCCCCAGGAUCCUGGCUGUGAAGCAGAUGUGGGCCAGGUCCAGCAAGGAGAAAAUCCGCCUGGAUGAGGCUGGGGUCACGGAUGAGGUGCUGGAUUCAGCCAUGCAGGCGUUUUUGUUGGAGAUCAUCGUCAAACACGGCGAGCCCGCUCCCUAUUUGUGUAACAAGGAUCCCUUUGCUUUAAAAUCCCUAACUUAUCUCGCCAGAAUUUUCCCCAAUGCCAAAUUCCUGCUGAUGGUCCGGGAUGGCCGUGCAUCUGUGCAUUCCAUGAUCUCCAGGAAAGUCACAAUAGCUGGCUUUGACCUGAACAGCUACAGGGACUGCCUGACCAAGUGGAACCGGGCCAUAGAAACCAUGUACAACCAGUGCAUGGAGGUGGGCUUUGGCAGGUGCAUGCUGGUGCACUACGAACAGCUGGUGCUGCACCCUGAGAGGUGGAUGAGGACUCUCCUCAAGUUCCUGCACAUCCCAUGGAACCAGGCAGUGCUGCACCAUGAGGAGAUGAUUGGAAAAGCUGGAGGGGUUUCUCUUUCCAAGGUUGAAAGAUCCACUGACCAAGUGAUCAAGCCAGUGAAUGUGGAAGCUCUGUCCAAGUGGGUUGGGAAGAUCCCAGCUGAUGUCCUGCAGGACAUGCCAGUGAUUGCCCCCAUGCUGGCCAAACUGGGCUAUGACCCCUAUGCCAACCCCCCCAAUUAUGGGAAGCCAGAUCAGAAAGUGGUGGAAAACACAAGGAGGGUCUAUAAAGGUGAAUUUCAGCUUCCUGACUUCCUCAAAGAAGUGCCACAGCCAAAGAAGACAGUAGAAAUGAAGUCUCGUGGCAAGAUAAAAUGAACGUGGAUCAGUGAAGUGGCAUAGCUGUAGUACUGAACCUAUGGAAUAGAGGAUAAAACAGACAUUUCUUGCACAGAAGGAGAUCAACUGCUGCCUUUUCCAUGGGAAUGAUCCCUCAGGCCUGGCCCCUGGGAUCAGAGGUGUGCUGCUCAUGGCCUGCUCUCUUCAGAAUGUUCUCUCCUGUUUCUUUCAUCCUGUUUUUGUUCUGUAUUUUGCUGUUGUGAGCGCAUGUAAACCUUAUAAAAAAACAACAAAAAAAAAAAUCACUGAUGUUAAUGUAGAACUGCAUUACAUUCGCACAACUAUUUUUUUAAGGUUUUAAAAAAUGCAAAAGCAAUGCCUGUCUCUGAAAUUGCUCUUCUGUUUUAAUUACAGGGCUCCAUCUUCAAAGAUUUUUUUUUGUUUCUUGUAGCAGUUUGGUUUUAAAUGUAUGAAGCUUUCAAGAGUGCUCUGUGCUUGUCCUGAAAGAUUUUUGGUGGAACAGUUUGUUUAAUUCAUAUGUGGAAAAUGUUAAUUAUCUUUUAUUUAAAAAAAAAAAAAAAGUUGAUAAAUUACAUGUACAAUUGCAAUUCAAUGAUCUUUUGUAUUUUAUUUUUCAAAAUAAAUGCUUUAAAUGUG